UAUGUGGGGGUGAGCUGCCCGAGGCUGAACCACUCGACCAGCCUCAGGCAGCGGGCCAGCCAUGUCCAGCCCAGGGCUCACGCUCCUGCUCUUGCUGAUGGCAACACCACCACCUCUGCAGCCCUCCUCACUGGCACCACCGGACACCCCAGAGGGCAAGGCCGCCAUCGUGGGCCUUAUCCUCUCAGCGCUGGAGAGAGCCACCUCCUUCCUGAAGAAGAGGCUGCCUGAAAUCAACCUAGACGGCGUGGUGGGGUUCCGGGUGCUGGAAGUACAGCUAAAAGGUGUUCAGGAAAAGUGGGCCUGGGACCCCCAGCUGCAGUGGCCGAGCCUGCGUGUGGGGAAGCUGGUGGAAAAGCUAGUGCCUCUCCUUCACAGAUCCAUCUUCUACCUCAAGCUGAGUGACCCCAAGUACCUAAGAGAGUUCCAGCCAAUCAUCCAGCCUGGGUUUUGGAAGCUUCCACAUGCCUGGACCAGCACAGAUGCUUCCAUGGUCUACCCCACGUUUGAAUCAUGGGACUCCUUCUCAGAGGAACGCAGUGAUUCGUGUCUGGUGCAGCUGCUGGGAACAGGGACAGACAGCAGCCAGCCCUGCAGGCUCUCAGACUUCUGCAGGACCCUCAUGACCAAGCCCGGCUGCUCAGGCUACUGCCUGUCCCACCAGCUGCUCUUCUUUCUCUUGGCAAGAAUGAAAGGAUGCACAGGGGGACUGUUCUGCCAGGGCCAGCACUACAUGAACCUCUUUUGUGCCAACAUGAUGGACCUGAACCGGAGAGCUGAGGCCAUCGGAUAUGCCUACCCCACCCGGGACAUCUUCAUGGAGAACAGCCGACCUAGUGAUGGAGCUCUGGACUGA